UAACAAAUCAUAUCAUGAGAAGUGUGGUAUGAAGGAGGAAUCUUCGUAGUUCAUAGUUCAUUCUCUCUGAUUGUUUCUCACGCGUUCUAAAGUCAAAGUCAUCGCCUUCCCCUUGCAACCUCCCCCAAUUUUAUUUUUUCCUUUAUAUCCCGCUCCCUUUUUUCCCUUCAAAUGCGUACUCUCUCUUAACUUUAACAUUUUAUUACAAUUUAUUUACAAUCUCCUUUUUUUUUUUUUUUUUUUCCUUCACUUUCUCGAGAGAAAAAAAAAUCCCAUGGCCGGAGGUGGCGCCGGAAGGUCCUUGGAAGAGACGCCGACCUGGGCCGUCGCCGCCGUGUGCUUUGUUUUGGUUUUGAUUUCUAUUAUCAUCGAACACAUUCUCCAUCUCAUCGGAAAGUGGCUAAAGAAGAAGCACAAACGAGCUCUUUACGAAGCUCUGGAGAAGAUCAAAUCAGAGUUGAUGCUGUUGGGAUUCAUAUCGCUGCUACUGACGGUGGGACAAAGCCUAAUCACAAAUGUUUGUAUACCACCGGACGUCGCUGCCACGUGGCAUCCAUGUAGUCCUCAAAGAGAGGAGGAAUUAACAAAACAAGAUGACCUUGUCGAUUCCGACCAUAAUCGCCGGAAACUUCUCGCCGUCUCGCAUCUCAAUGUCACUUUCCGCCGUUCCCUCGCCGCUGCCGGUGGAACCGACAAAUGUGCUGCCAAGGGUAAAGUUCCGUUCGUAUCAGAAGGAGGUAUUCAUCAACUACAUAUAUUCAUCUUCGUGUUGGCUGUUUUCCAUGUUUUGUACUGCGUCUUAACUUUAGCUUUGGGCAAUGCCAAGAUGAGAAGUUGGAAGUCGUGGGAAAAAGAGACGAGAACCGUAGAGUACCAAUUUUCUCAUGAUCCAGAACGAUUUCGAUUCGCGAGAGACACGUCAUUUGGGAGAAGGCAUUUGAGCUUUUGGACCAAAUCCCCUUUUCUCAUAUGGAUUGUUUGUUUCUUCAGACAAUUCGUUAGGUCGGUUCCUAAGGUUGAUUACUUGACCUUGAGACAUGGUUUCGUCAUGGCUCAUCUGGCACCGCACAGCGAUCAGAAAUUUGACUUUCAAAAAUAUAUAAAACGUUCUCUUGAAGAAGAUUUCAAGGUGGUCGUCAGUAUCAGCCCUCCGAUAUGGUUCUUCGCUGUCCUCUUCCUACUUUUCAACACCCACGGGUGGAGGGCUUAUCUAUGGCUGCCAUUUGUGCCAUUAAUUAUAGUGUUGUUGGUGGGGACUAAAUUGCAAGUUAUAAUUACGAAAAUGGCUCUGAGGAUACAAGAAAGAGGGGAAGUCGUGAAGGGAGUGCCAGUGGUGGAGCCAGGGGAUGACCUUUUUUGGUUCAAUAGGCCUCGUCUUAUUCUUUACCUUAUCAAUUUUGUGCUCUUUCAGAAUGCUUUUCAGCUUGCUUUCUUUGCCUGGACUUGGAAAGAAUUUGGAAUGAAGUCUUGUUUCCAUGAGCACACGGAAGAUUUGGUGAUCAGAAUAACAAUGGGAGUCCUGGUUCAAAUCCUUUGCAGUUACGUCACAUUGCCUCUCUACGCCUAGUCACACAGAUGGGUUCGACGAUGAAGCCAACGAUUUUCAACGAAAGAGUAGCGACGGCGUUAAGAAACUGGCACCACACCGCUCGCAAACACAUCAAACAAAAUCGGGGCUCCCUAACGCCGAUGUCCAGCCGCCCUGCCACCCCCUCCCACCACCUGUCGCCGGUCCACCUCCUCCGCCACUACCGGAGCGAAUUGGACAGCGUCCAUACCUCUCCUAGAAGAUCCAAUUUCGAUACCGACCACUGGGACCCAGAUUCCCCCUCCCCUUCCCACAUAUUUCCACCGUCGCCCCCAACCCGCCGACGCCUCCAAUUCCUACCACCACCGCGACGUGGAGGCCGGCGAUGUCGAUGCCGACAACGAUUCACCUCGACCCGACCCGACGACGACCCAGUCAACGGAUCCAGAUCUUC